AUGAAGGACCACUGGUCGCCCAUAACUCUGCUCGUAGUUAUCCCCGGCGCAACAGUUUUAAUAUUUACCUUGAUCAACAUCAUUUACCGGCUUUACUUUCAUCCUCUCAAAAAGGUCCCUGGGCCGGUCUGGUCAGCUGCUUCUUCUCUACCAAGUUUCUAUCAUAAUUUUAUCCGAAAAGGCCAGUGGUACAGAGAAGUCGCUCGUCUUCACGAGAAUUAUGGUCCCAUUGUUCGUAUCGGACCAAACGAAAUCCAUCUAAGUAGGCCCGAACACUAUGAAACAGUUUACGGAAAUACCAGCAGCUUCUACAAGGACCCCGGAUUCUAUGCAAUCAUGGGAAUGGAGGAAGCCAUGUUUUGCACCAUCCCGAAUGAUCUUCACCGUCAGCGUCGAUCGCCCCUCAACCCAUUCUUCUCCAGGAAAGCCAUCGUCGACAGCGAGUUCAUCGUCCACGAUAAGGCAGAGCGUCUUUGCCGACGGAUCAGCAAGGCCGCGCGGGAAAAGCAACCGGUCAAUCUCACCCGCGGGUUCCGAGCGCUGUCCGUCGAUGUCGUGACCGAUUACAGCUUCAAUCGGACAAUGGGUCUUCUGGAAGAUGAGAACUUUGGAGCCUGGUUUACAGACAUGCUUCGUGAAGCUGGGCCAAUGUUUUGGAUAUUUCAGCAAUUUCCAAUAUUUGCGACGUUAUUACAGAGCUUACCGCCGAGCUUAGCUAAAAGGUUGAGUGCUUCUUUCGAAGCCUUUGACAAGCUUCUAUCGACAACAAAAGCACAGGUCACCGUCUUGAAGCAAGACAUGGCAGCCGGUGUUAAACCGCCUCGGCAAACCAUUUUUCAUGCAUUGCUUGAAGCCGACGCCGAGACAGGUCGAGCGGUGCGAAGCACACAGAACUUGGCGGACGAGUCUAUGUCGUUGACCUCCGCCGCUGCAGAUAGUACCGGGAAUGCCAUGGCUUAUGCCGUGUUCUCGGUGCUCUCCGAUUCCGAGAUUCAUAAACGAGUCUUGGACGAGCUCCGCCAGAAUUUCCCCGAUGAUGUCUCCCAAAUGGAUAUGACGUCGCUGGAGAAGCUGCCAUACUUCAUGGGCGUGAUCAAAGAAGCGCAGAGGUUGUCAUAUGGUGUUAUUGGCAGAUUACCCCGGAUCGUCCCAAAGGGUGGCGCUGUCUUUGAAGGUCAUUACCUUCCACCAAAGACGGUAGUCAGUAUGAGUACAUGGACCAUGCACAACAAUGUCGAUGCCUUCCCAGAAGCCGAAAAAUUUAACCCAUCGCGAUGGCAAGAUCCGAAUGGUGCUCAGCUACGCGAAAAGUGCUUUGUACCGUUCUCCAAAGGCCGUCGGAUGUGCCUAGGUCACAUCCUAGCGGUCUGUGAGCUGACAUGCACAGUCGCCAUGGUCCUCCGUCGCUUCGAACAUAUGAAGAUCUUCCAGACGACGGCGGAUGAUUUGGUUUACGAGGAUUAUGUGGGUGCUGUCCAUCCCCUGGAAGCUAAUCCAUUUAUGGUCAUGGUGAAUGAGUGA